AUGGCUGACAAUUCUUCUCCUUCAACCCUCACAGUUCUUCCUUCUUCUUCCUCAAAUUCCACUACUCUUCCUUCAUCUUUUCCAACUAUACCUGUUAAGCUUAAUGGCAGGAAUUAUCUUUAUUGGAAAGGAGUAAUGACUCAUCUGCUUACGACAAACGGAUUACUCAACUAUGUCGAAGGCAAAGUCACAGUACCGAGCAAAACCAAAACUGCAGCAGAUGGAACAAUUAUGCUCAACUCAGAUUUUCUCAAUUGGCAGUCAAGGGAUAAUUUUGCCCUUACCUGUAUCAUGCUGGUAGUCACGGAGGAAAUUGGUGUAACCCUUCUUUCUGCUAAGACCUCUCACGAAGCUUGGACAUCUCUCGCUACUGCUUUCCUCACCCAAACUGCCGCACAAGAGAAUCUCCUUGAUCAACAGUGGCGCGACCUGAAAAAGGGAGAUCAAUCGAUGGCGAAAUUUAUUGGAGCAGGCAAAGAACAUGUUCUACGCUAUUCACAGAUAGGGAAGCCCAAAUCUGUUGCCGAGAUUAAUCGAAGGAUUUAUACCGGUCUUGGUCCCGAUUGGGAACCAAUUGUGCUUGCCCAAUCAGAAAGGAUGAUCGCCAUGAGCACUAAGGAACUACAAUCCCUUCUGGUCGGCCAUGAGGAACGGCGUCUCUAUGCGGCGGUCCAGAACGCGGCCUCGGUCACAGCUUCUUCGGCUCCGCUCUCUGGGAUACUCGGUGCCCCUCCAAUUGAAGUAAAUUACGUUGAUGGUCGGCACAACCAAAGCGGCCGCAACAAGGGCAAAAUCAAGGGAGGAAAAGGAAACGGGAAAUGA